AUGGAUGGAAUUGCAGUCGUUGAUGAAGAGAAAGCAAAGAAACUACGAUUGUUCUUACUAAAGAAAAUUCAACCCUUCGGUUCUGUGGUUAAGAACGACAUUUUCAUACCUAUCGAUCCAGAGACGGGGAAAAGCUAUGGAGCUGCUCUUUUCGAGAUGGCGAGUCCUGAGGAAGCAAAGAAAGUGAUUUCUGGACUUCAUAACACACCUAUGGAUAAACUUCACACAUUCCAUUUAUAUAGUUAUGCGGAUAUCGUCGAUUCUCUUCAAGAUCCCAACACAAUGGAGUUACCCAACAAAGAAUCGUUUGCUCCGCUGAAGAAGCUCGCCUCUACCCCAAGCGGUCUACAUUCGUGGAUGCAAGACGCAUUCCAACGCGACCAAUUCCUUAUCCGGUACAAAGACCAAGUGGAAGUGUACUGGUGCGACUCUCCCUCGCCACAGCUUGCACACGACGGCAAGAACGACCUCGCCUGUUCGCAGCCGCUGAUGCUGCGAUUGUCAAUAGGCAUAAAUCACACUCAAAUCUUCGAAUCGAAGCUCUUUCUCAUUGUCUGA